CCAGAUACACACCAUGGGAAUUUUUCAUCGCAACUAGAGGCCACCAAUUUUGUUUAUGGUCAAUUAAAAUGUCAAUGUGAAUCGGUGACACCCCCUAAAAUGCAGUUAUUACUCCUAAUCGUUGCUGCAUUGGCCUGCCUUUGCCUCUGCAAUGGAGCAGCCGGCGGCACGUUGCAGGCAAAUGUGGGUGAACUUUUUACGUACAAAAUUGAACCGCAUUUGUUCAAUUGGACGCACCAGGUAAUCAGCGAACAAUUCAGCUAUCGCCCGACAAUGCGUAACUAUCCGGAUCUGCCCACCUGGAUGAGGUACGAGUACAGCCACGAGUAUCAUGCGGGUUUUCUCUACGGCACUCCGCCGGAAACGGAGGCGGGCAAGGCCCUCAGCAUCGAGGUGAUUGCCUUGAAUCGUCAGAAUUUUGAGACACGCAUCACGGACUUGGCCAUGUCUGUGUGCCAGAAGUUUCCCACACCGAAUGUUGUGCAAAUGAAGAUCGAUAAUCUCAAUUGGGUGCAUCUCAUGGACCCGGGACGAGUGGAAAACUUGCGUAACAUCUUCCGCAAGGAUCUGUGGCCUAGCAGCAAGGAGGAUCUCAGUGUUGUGUUCAUGGAAUCGGCCGUCAAUAUGGGCGGACGCCUGCCGCUGCGUCCACAGCAGCGUGAGGGAGUCAUUGUCCAUGUGGGCAGCGUGGCUCAGUUCUCGCCGCGCCUGAAGGAGCUCCAAGAGGAAGUGCGUCCGCUGUAUAAGCUGCCGUCGUGCACAUACAAGCGCACUUCGGUGCAGAAGAUCUUUGAGAACGUGGGCUUCAAGCUGGAUUGGUGCGCCUUUAAGAUGGUCGGCUUGGAGUCGCCCACGGAGAUACUCUACCACAGCGGCAAGCAGCAGAACGAGCAGCAGCCAAGUGGUGACGAGCAGUUGCACAACGAUCGCUGGAUGGGCAUCACGCGUGAGGAUGUGCCCCGUCGGAACUACAUCGAUGAGUUUGCCUUUGCCUUUGCCAUACCCGGCAUGAUAUUUGCCAUCCUAAUAGGCAUGCUCUCGGCGGUCCUAUGCUUUCAGCACCAAAAAUUUUCCGAUCCGCACUCUGAGUUUUUCUUUGCAAACAUUUUUCACAUCUGCGAAGAGUCUUGUGCGCAAGCGCCAAGCGAUUCUGAGACGGAUCAUGAAUCCGAAAGCUCGGUUUUCUUUGAAUCUCCCAUAUCCUCCACGGUGCAGAUGGUCAAGUGUGCGGAUCAGCCUCUUACUACCUUAAAAAGCCUUAAAGACCCCAAUUUUCUUUUGGACAAUACCAGCAUGCGUUCUCAGAGUCCCAGCAACAGCUUUUAUCAGCUAGACUGUGGCGCCGCCUCUAGCAUUUAUCCUCGUCCUAAGCCGCCGCCUUACACUGGCGGCACUUUGGGGCGCAAUGGCGUGGACAUAUGACAAAUGUCGCCGAGAGUGCUCUAUUGUUAACAAAAAGAAAAGCGCUUUAUUACAAGAUACUGAUCCACAAUACAACAAAAGCAAUAUUGCAGGUUAAUCAAUCGCUUAACAUACAUAUACCUACCGGAAACACACAAAUCAACCAUAUCGUAUUAAUCAAUUUAUAUACAUUUGUAGUAGCAUAGCAUAUACACAUAUAACCGAAAAUAGUUUUGCAGUUU